AUGUGGAAACGCUCACCUAGAUCGGAGUCUGGGAACGACUCAACUCAACAACUCUCUGAGCUGGGUCUCCUAGGUCGACCUAAGAAGUCUAAGAAAUUACAAUCGCAGCCAGAAACAUCUCGUUCGCCUUUUCAUUCUUUACGUUCAUUUACUCGAGGCGUGGUAGACAGGCCUGGCAGCAGUCUUUCCAAUCAGACCAAUAUCACUCGGUCUAGAGCACCAACAAUAGAUUCUACUCACUACCCGGAAUCCGGCCCCGGGCACUCAAACAGAUCACGAGCAUCCUUUCAUUCACGAUCUGGACAGACUAGCGGCCCGAUGGAGAUUGAUCGCACACGUACACGGAGGGAGAGGACCUUUGUCGGCAGCGAAUGCGCCGUCUGUGAGGAACCCUUGGAGCAUACCCUGCGCGGCGAGCGCAUACUGCAACUUUCUUGCGCUCACGUCUCCCAUGAGGCUUGUUUCUACGAAUACCUACGCGAAUUUGAAUCACAAAACUGUCCCACGUGCAAUGCGCCGUUGGCCCUGGACACAAGUCGCGGUGGCAACGUGCUGGAUAUCGCAGAGAAAAUCAGUAAAAUCGUCCGCUCAGUCACGACACAUGAUACUGCCACGGUGCGCAGCGGCUUGACGACUCCGACUCCGACUCCAUGGGAGCAGCCGUCCGGCUCCAGCCGACGGCCACCAAGCGAUUCGGGGAGCCGCUACACCUCCGCUACAAGGGAGCAGUCUUACCAGCAUCAGUCCACUCGGGAGCAGGAGCCAUCAUAUGCCCCCUUGAAAGAACAAUAUACCUCCAGAGACCCAGUACACAACCGACGCGACAGUCGCGACACUCGCGACACUCGCGACACGAGCAGCCAGCGCGAGCGCGUAGAGCGAUUGACUGUCGGCUCUCAGAACCGUCAACCGCACUCCCGAAACGGUAGCGCGGCAGGCUCCUCUGGUGACUACACGGACGGCCAGCACACUAGCAGUGGACGGCGCCAUGAUUACGACGUGCAAGCUAUGGAGUCAGAUCUCAGUCCUCGGCCUGGCGUCGCCAAGAACCCCAUACCUGCGCCCAUUGUCACCGUCCGCAGCGAGUUCCCGACAAUGAAUCGAUCCCGUCAGCAGCAGACCCUUACAUGCUUAAUUACUGUCGAGGUGCCGGAAGGCAAUUGGCGGCCUGAUAUGGAUGACCUACGACACACGCCAUCUGGGCAGUCGCAGCCUGACGAGCCGUACACGGGACGAUUUGGUGGACAGGAUGCUCGAUCCAUUCAGUACGAGCCGACGGAGAAUAUGGAUGAAGUUUCUGAAGAGCUGAGGAACCGGGUUGAUAAUUGGCACGGACUUGAGUUCAAUCGGUUUGGAAAGCUUCGUCUGCAUGGGCAUAUGCGCGUGGGCAAGGAUCGAAAUUCGUGGCAGGAAUUGGAGUGCUACCUUUUCGGAGAAAUGCUUAUCUGUGUCAAGGAGAAGAAAACCUCUGAUUCAAAUCAGUUUGAUGAGAGUGGGCGACGCAAGCCUGUGAGAUGCACGUUGAAGGGUUCGAUUUUGAUCAAGAAGCAUCUCAAGUCUAUUGACGCCUCGGCUGACGACCCUAUUCUUGCUCUGAACCUUUCUGUCAGCGAGCUGCCCUGCUUCUACCUUCGGUUCCAGAACCGCAAUCAGCUGGAGACCUGGCGCCGAUCUCUGAUCGAUCUGCAUCCCGUUGAGAAUAUCUCCCGCCAGAAUGAUUACGAGUAUGAUAACUCCGGCGCGGAGGAGGAUGAUUACCGUGGAAGUCGGAUGCAACGACAGGCCUCUAUUAACUCGUCUUACGGCGCUGGAAAGUCUAUCAACACUGCUAUUACCGAUUACACCAACCCCGACGUGGAAACACCUUCCAUUAACACCAUUCACAUUCCACUCGAUCUCGUUGUGGUUAUCCCGGUCUCCUCUUCAAUGCAGGGCUUGAAGAUCACCCUCCUACGUGAUGCGCUCAAGUUCCUCGUCCACAACUUGGGUCCCAGAGAUCGCAUGGGCCUUGUCACCUUUGGCUCUAGCGGUGGCGGCGUGCCCCUGGUGGGCAUGACCACUAAAUCCUGGUCCGGGUGGCCCAAGAUUCUCGAAUCCAUCCGGCCCGUGGGCCAAAAAAGUCUCCGUGCAGACGUGGUCGAAGGUGCUAAUGUCGCCAUGGAUCUUCUCAUGCAGCGCAAGUUCAACAACCCUGUUUCAACCAUUCUUCUGAUCAGUGACUCGUCCAUUUCCGACCCUGAAAGUGUCGACUUUGUGGUUUCUCGCGCCGAAGCCGCCAAGGUCAGCAUUCACUCAUUUGGUCUCGGACUGACCCAUAAGCCGGACACGAUGAUCGAGCUCUCCACUCGCACCAAGGGAUCCUACUCAUAUGUCAAGGACUGGAUGAUGCUCCGCGAAUGCGUAGCCGGCUGCCUAGGCGCAUUGCAAACAACCUCCCAUCAAAACGUGAAGCUGAAGCUGCGCCUGCCGGAAGGCUCGCCCGCCAAAUUCGUCAAGAUCAGUGGCGCUCUGCACACCACUAAGCGCGCAACUGGCAAAGACGCCGAAGCAGCCCUAGGCGACCUCCGCUUCGGCGACAAGCGCGACGUCCUUGUCCAACUCGUCAUCCAACCUGAUAAUGCAACCCAGGACAACAUGCCCCAAGAUCCCUGGGAAAGCCUCGUCUCCGGCCUCGAAGCCCUAGGCGGCGGCCCAGACGGGGACGAAGCCCGCGUCGUCUCCGUCGAAGAAGUCCCCCUCAUCCAAGCAGACCUCACCUACGGCGACCUCCUGCGCGACGGCCACCUCACUCACUCCCCACGCCCUUCUCUCCUAGCAAUCACCAUGCUCCCGCCACAUCGGGCCAAGAACAACCGCCCAUCCACCCCACCCAUCCCCCCACACCCAUCCAUCGUCCAGCGCCGUAUGGAGCUCCUAACAUCGGACAUGCUCACGCGCGCCCUCACCCUCGUCUCGCGCGGCCAGCACGAUCGCGCAAUGCACCUCCUCAACGAAACCCGCAGCAUCCUCAAAGGCCUCGGCAAAGGCGGGCUCCCGCCGCUCCCGCCAGCCCGCGAAGGAUCCCACGGCAACACGCCCGUCUCCUCAUCACCCAAGUCCUCGACCUUCGACUCCCCCGCCUCAGAAACGAACACCAUCACACCCACCUCCGCCAUCGACGCGCACACCAUGGGUGCGCUCAACGCGGACCUCGAAUCCUCCCUCGAGUGGAUCAAUCAUCCCGCCGUCUUCAGCCGCGACUCCCGUAAGGCCGUACUGCAAAGCAUUGGCGUUAUUUCUUCGCAGCGCGCUUAUACCUUCCGCACUGCGUCCGAAGCACACUGGGCGCAGCGCGUUUCUGGUGUGCGGCGGUUGACGGAGAAAUCGAGGGACUGGCGCGAGACGGGGGAUGAUGCUUUGACUGAGGAGUGA